AUGGGAAGUGACAGGUUUUGGAAUGCCGAGGUCAUCUCCAUCGACUCGGACGAUGACAAUCUGGAGGUGACGCGCUAUGUUGACUCUCGCAAUAGGAAACCUACUACUGCAGAGAGCACACAACCACCACCCGUAAAGUCCGAACCCCACAAUCCCGGUCCCUUGACCAGUCUACUUGAGGACAGCGAUGAGUCCGACUUCAACGAUGGCGCGUCGGCGUACAAGAAGUUCAAGGAACGCAAGUCCCUCAAACGCAAGCAGAGUCUCGCCUCAACCCGCAAAGCCAAGGCCAAACGAGAAGGAGAUGUGAUUGUGGGCCGGGUUCCCAAGCAGGAGCGAGGCAAAUCACGGGUCAAGCAGACGCAGAAGCAGUAUGGCGCGGUGUCGUCGGAAGAUGAGCUGAUGGAGCACACCCUCCCGAACUAUUUGCAGCGCCGUCGCGUACAGUUUGAUCGCAGAAGGGAGCAUCUUCAGGAAUUGGGGCUCAAGUUACCGCCAAGUUACACCGAUAUCGACUUCUCCGACGAUGAACGUCUGGAGCACCUCCGGGAGAGACCUGCGUUCCCAGAUCAGCCACCGAGCCGAGAGUAUAAGGACAUUACGCUCCCCUACUCCCUAGGGCUGAUCCCAGCACCGAUCGCGCAGUGGCUGCGCCAGUACCAAGUGGAAGGAGUAGCGUUUUUGCACGAGUUGUUCGUUUACCAAAAGGGAGGCGUCUUGGGCGAUGACAUGGGUCUCGGAAAGACCAUUCAAGUCAUCGCUUUCCUGACAGCAGCAUACGGCAAGACCGGAGAUGAGCGGGAUGCGAAGAGGAUGCGCAAGAUGCGCAGAUCCGUAAACAAUGCCUGGUAUCCGCGCACUCUGAUCGUAUGCCCGGGAAGCCUUAUCCCGAACUGGAGGGCGGAGUUUGCUCGUUGGGGGUGGUGGCAGGUUGAUGCAUACCACGGCGAUAACAAGGAACUGGCUUUGCAUGCUGCCAGAUCGGGGAGGUUGGAGAUCUUGAUCACUACCUACACGACUUAUAUGAACAACAAGGAUGCGGUCAACAUGGUCGAGUGGGACUGCGUUAUCGCCGACGAAUGCCAUAAGAUCAAAGAACGAAAGUCUGGGACGACCCAAGCGAUGAAUGAAAUCAACGCCCUCUGUCGAAUUGGAUUGACUGGCACGGCGAUCCAGAACCGGUACGAGGAGCUGUGGACGCUACUAAACUGGACGAACCCCGGCGUCCUCGGCCCUGUCACCACCUGGAAAACGCAGAUUGCCACUCCGCUCAAGAUUGGACAGUCCCACGAGGCAACCCAAAGUGAACUCAGCAGGGCCCGCAAGACAGCCAAGAAGCUCGUCGAGAAUCUCCUGCCGCAAUUCUUUCUGCGUCGGAUGAAGACCUUGAUUGCCGAUCAGCUGCCCAAGAAGAGUGACCGGGUCGUCUUCUGUCCUCUGACUGAAACACAGGCGGAAGCCUACGAGACCUUCCUGGAGAGUGAUAUUGUCCAGUACAUCAAGCAAUCCUCACAAAGGUGCGGUUGUGGAUCGGGGAAGAAAGCUGGCUGGUGCUGCCAUCGUAUCAUCCCUGGCAGAGACGUGCCGUGGCAGUCGUACGUCUUCCCGGCGAUGACCGUAUUGCGACAUCUAAGCAACCAUUUGGCCGUUCUCAUUCCGCAGGGGAACGAUACCCGGGAAAAACAGGAGAAAGACAAGGAUAUGCUCCAGCUCGCCUUGCCCCGAGAGUGGGAGAAGCUGUAUCGCAGCCGAGAUUCAAUCAUCAACUACGCAAACCCUGAGUUCUGCGGCAAGUGGAAGGUUCUGCGAAAGCUUUUGAAAUGGUGGCAUUCGAACGGCGAUAAAGUCCUCGUCUUCUCGCACAGUGUCCGGCUCCUGAAGAUGCUGCAGGUCCUCUUCCAUCAUACCAGCUAUAACGUCAGCUACCUGGACGGAUCGAUGAGCUACGAGGACCGCGCGCGGGUUGUCGACGAGUUUAAUUCUGACCCACGUCAGUUUGUUUUUCUCAUCUCUACCCAAGCCGGCGGUGUUGGACUGAACAUCACCUCGGCCAACAAAGUGGUAGUGGUCGACCCGAACUGGAACCCGGCGCACGACCUCCAAGCCCAGGACCGCGCCUAUCGCAUUGGACAAUCGCGCGAUGUCGAGGUCUUCCGGCUCAUCUCCGCAGGCACCAUCGAGGAAAUCGUCUACGCGCGGCAGAUCUACAAGCAGCAGCAGGCCAACAUCGGGUACAAUGCCAGCUCUGAGCGGCGCUAUUUCAAAGGCGUCCAGGAGAAGAAAGACCAGAAAGGCGAGAUCUUCGGUUUGGAUAACAUGUUCGGAUAUCACAAUGACGGCGUCGUUCUGCGCGAUAUCGUCAAUAAGACCAACGUCGCCGAAAGCCGCGCCGGCGUUCAGGUCAUGGACAUCGAAGUCGAAGAGGAAGACACCCGCGAAAACGGCGAGGCCACUACCAAAACCGAAGAUGAGGCAAUGAGCCAGCUUGCCGCCGAGAUCUGCGGCGACGACAAGAACGCAGUGAAGCGCGAACGAUCUUCCACCAAUCCACAGGCCAAAACCAGCCCUCACAAACACGACCCCAUCCAAGCCAUCCUCGCCGGCGCAGGCGUGGAAUACACCCACCUCAACAACGAAGUAAUCGGCUCCUCGCGCGUCGAAGAACGACUCAGUCGCCGCGCUCAGCUGGCAUCCGACGACCCGGCCGCGGACUGCCAGGUCUUCAAGCCAUCUCAAGAUAUCGUCGGCGACGACGCCUUGGAUCCAUUUGCCGAGGGUCCUGCUGCGGGCUUGAGCUUUGGCAGAGCGGGACCAGACGACCAGCCAUUCCGGUUUCGGUACAAUCCACCUCAGGACGUGCUGCGCCGCCAGUUCUGUAGCAUGGCGCGCCGGCUUGGGUACACGGAUGCGACAGAGUUUGCGCUCGUCGUGGAGAGUAUGACACAGGCGCAGCGAAGGGCUUGUCUUGAGAGGUGGUAUCGAGAGAGGCGGGAACUUCUUCUUGCAGAUGAGAAGGUCAAAGAAGAGAUCAAGCAGGAGAAGUGA